AUGCUGCGGAAUCUGAUGGCUCUUCGUCAGAUUACCCAGAGGACCAUAAGUACUGCUUCCCGCAGGUAGCUUAAAAAUAAGGUUCCUGAGAAACAAAAGCUGUUCCAGGAGGAUAAUGGAAUUCCUGUGCACCUAAAGGGUGGGGUGUCUGAUGCCCUCCUGUAUAGAGCCACUAUGACUCUUAAAGUUGGUGGAACAGCAUAUGCCAUAUAUCAGCUGGUUAUGGCUUCAUUUCCCAAGAAGCAGGAUUGACUUCAACUUAUUAUUCCAAAACUGAUUAAAUCAACCACUAAUCUAAAUUCUUUGGGGAUCAACAUUUAUUGGCUUGUACUUAAUUGCCACCAA